AUGCUGGUAGUCCUGUUCACAGUGCUCCUGCUGGCCCUGAGCUCUGCUCAGGAACCUGGUGAAGAACUUCAGAACCAAAACCAGAGGCCACGUCCUUCAGGAUUCCAGCCAAGACCACCUGCUAAUGGGAACCAGCAAGGCCAACCCCCACAAGGAGGCCCACAGCAGAGACCUCCUCAAGGUCCCCCCUCACAAGGAGACCAGCAGCAGGGAUUUUCUCAAGGACAACCCCAACAAGGAGGCCCACAGCAGAAACCUCCUCAAGGCCCACCCCAACAAGGGGGCCCACAGAAAAAACCUCCUCAAGGCCCACCCCAACAAGGGGGCCCACAGAAGAAACCUCCUCAAGGCCCACCCCAACAGGGAGGCCCACAGCAGAAACCUCCUCAAGUCCCACCCCAACAGGGAGGCCCACAGCAGAAACCUCCUCAAGGUCCACCCCCACAAGAAGGUGAGGAACAGGAAUCAUCUCAAGAACAACUCCAAGAAGGAAGUCCACAACAGAGACCUGCUCAAGGCCAAAGACCACAAGGAGGCCCUCAGCAAAGACCCCCUCAGCCAGGCAACCCACAAGGCUCACCACAACGUCCCCAACUGGGCAGACCCCAGGGACCUCAGUAA